AUGGGAGACCCCUCCCGUGAGCGUGGGGAGGGGGGAGGGGGAGCGGGGGGUUCCCCGUGCGAUUCCCACGCCCCCUCCCCAAAUCCCACCCGUGCCUCAGAUUCAAAUCCCGCACCCGUCAAACCCCAAAAGCCCCGAUUUCCCCGCACCGGUGGGGAGGGGGCGGUCCCGGUUCGGUCCUUCCCCAGAUCCCCCCGCACCGGGGGGCGGUCCCGGUCCGGCCCCCCCUUCCCGCCCCCCCCCCUUUGCCGCCGCCUUCCCACGCCCGCAGCCGCCGCCGCCGGGCCCGCACGCGCCGCCCGGUACCCACCCGGUAAGGACCCCCCGACCCCCCCGGGACCCCCAAAACCCAACCCGACCCCUCCCCCAUUCCUCUUCCCCCACCCCCGGUACCCGCGGAUGCUCCAGCCCGGGGGGAGGCUCCGUUCGGCCGGAGCGGGGCCCGUUCUCGCCCGUGGCUCCUCGGAGCGACCCCCGCCCCCCAAACCCAAGGACCGACUGACCCCCCCUCCCCAAUCCCUUCCGACCCCUCCUCAGCCCCCCCCCCCAAACCCGCGCACCUCCGGACCCCCCAAAACCCCCCGGGACUCCCCGGUACCCGAGGAUGCUCCAGGGGCCCCCCCGGCGGGGCGGGGGGGCCAUGGAGCACCGGUGCCGGUAGCCACGGCCUGGCACGGGGACCCCGUGACGAGAGAGGAGCCAGAGCAGCCAGCGCGGGGGGGGCCACCCCGACUCCUGACCGCCGUGGCCACCAUCACUCUGCUGACAGUCGCCACCGUCGCCGGGGCCUGCCCGGCCGUGUGCCGCUGCUCCGGCGGCCGCGUUUACUGCAACGACCGCGGGCUCACGGCCGUGCCCGAGGGGCUCCCGCCCGGGGCCACCACGCUCUUCCUGCAGAACAACCGCAUCGGCGACGCGGGGAUCCCGGCUCGGCUGGGCCGGCUGCCGGCGCUGCGGGUGCUGUACCUGUACGCCAACGCUCUGGAGCAGCUGCCGGCUCACCUGCCGCCAGCGCUGCGGGAGCUGCACCUGCAGGAGAACAACGUGCGAGGGCUCUGCCGCCGGGCGCUGGCGCGGGCGCCGCUGCUCGAGCGCCUGCACCUGGACGAUAACUCGGUAUCGGCCGCCGGUAUCGAGGAGGACGCGUUCGCCGAGAACCGCCGGCUGCGCCUCCUCUUCCUCUCUCGGAACCACCUGAGCAGCGUCCCCGCGGGGCUGCCGCCGGCGCUGGAGGAGCUGCGGCUGGACGAUAACCGCAUCCACACCAUCCCCCUGCGGGCCUUCGAGGGGCUGCCGGCGCUGCGGCGCCUGGUGCUGGACGGGAACCUGCUCGCCAACCAGCGCAUGGCCGACGACACCUUCAGCCGUCUGGGCAACCUCAGCGAGCUCUCGCUCGGCCGCAACGCUCUGGCGGCUCCUCCGGCCAACCUGCCCCGGGCUCGGCUUCGCCGCCUGUCUCUGGCCGCCAACGCCAUCAGCCACGUGCCGGCCGGAGCGCUGGCGAGGAUGAGGGCGCUGGAGCGGCUGGAUCUGUCGGACAACAACCUGACCACGCUGCCUCGGGGGCUCUUCGACGAUCUGGGCAGCCUGAGCCACCUGGGGCUGCGGAACAACCCCUGGUUCUGCGGCUGUAACCUGGCCUGGCUGCGGGACUGGCUGCGCCGCCGCGCCCCGCCGCGCCUCGAGGUGCGGGGUUUGCUGUGCCAGGCGCCGGCGAGGCUGCGGGGGUUGCCGGUGGGCGAGCUGCGGGGCGAGAUGGACGCGUGCGAGAGCCCGGCCUCGGGGGGAGCCGGCGCUGCGGGAGGGGGCGCGUCCCCCGCCGUCGCCGCCGUGUCCCCCGCGGUGGCCGCGUCGCCCGGAGCGGGAGCGGCCACCACGCCGGGGCUGUGGGUGCAGGCGGCGCCGGGAGGGGCCCUGCGGGUUCGGUGGCCGCCGGCUCCUCCCGGGGCGUCGCUGAGGUUGAGCUGGCUGCGGCCCGGGGGGGGAGCCGUGACCGAGACCUUGGUGCGGGGGGAGCGCGGGGAGUACGUGGUGCGGGCGCUGCAGCCCCGAGCUCCGUACCGGGUUUGUCUCGCCGCCCUGGAGCCCCCCGCAGCUCCCCCGCUCUGUGCCCAAGCCCGGGCGGGGGCCGGGGACCCUCCCCAGCCCGGUUCCCCCGGAGCCCCGGCCGGGGAUGUUGCUCCCCCCGUGAGGAGGAUGGGGCUGGGGGGGCCACCCUUGCCACCCCCCAAAGGCGGCGGGGGGGGGCGGCUGGCGCUGCGGCCGCUGCGGACCCCCGAGGAAGGGGGGAUCCGCACCGUGUACCCCCCCCCGCCCCCUCCGCCCCCCCCGCCGCUGCCCCCCCCCGCCGUGCGGGGCUACCGGGGGGGGCAGUUCAAGCCCCGCCCCUCGCUCCUGUCCCAGCGAGACCUCCGCGCCGCCAGGGGGCGCGCCCCUAUCUCCACAUCACCCUCCUUCCGCUCCCUCCUCUGUGAUUAG